UCGUGUAUUCAAUAUCAUCACAUUUCCAUACUAACGUUAGUACCUUUGUAUAUGAAUACAUUCCGGACAUGGUGUCUUUGACUUGUCAAGUAUUCAUUGUGGAGACCGGCUGUUUUAUGACGAUCGACCACAACUUCUAAACAGCAAUUGUACCGUCACCGAACAAUUGCAGGUGGUGUCAUCGCGAAGUAAUCAAAACUCACCCGUAGGGUGUGGGGUGACCUGACGCAUGGGUAUUUUGAAUGUCGAAAUUGAUGCUCAGUGGAUUUUUUUCUCGUUGCAAUUACUGUUCCUCGUGUAAUCCGAUGAGAGGAGUAGCCGAUGAAGUUGACAUGAUGUGCAGGUUUUAAGUUUUUUUGCCGUUUUUCUAAGAGGUAACAAUUGACAGACUGAGAAACCGGGGCGUCCAGGAGGAUAUCACACCUGUCUGACUAGUGAUAGAGCAGUAACAUGGCGGAUGCAGGGAAGUGUCCUAAACUGAACAAUUUCACUCAGAACCCUAUCAUUGUCACACUAUCAAAUCAGUAUGAACUUAGGCUGGACAAUUAUGAGAGGACACGGCAGACGAAGGUCGGGGUGAGCUGCGUAGACGGGAUAUACCUGCACGGCCCGAGUCAGGUGACAUGUCAGAAUAACCUGCAGUGGGAUGGGACCCCCUCUUGUCGAGCUACCCCAAUUCCCGUAGACCCCGGUCUGACUCAGGAGCAGUUAAUCAUCAUAGGUGUCUCCGUGGGCGUGGGGGUCAUACUGUUGGUACUGAUGAUAGUCCUGAUUGUUUGUUUUAAAAGGAAAGAAAAGCAAACAACAAGGUACUUUUUCAGUCCAGUUAUAAUUGACAUUGUAGAAAUAUACCAUAUAAUAUAAGGUACACGUAUUAAUAUUAAUAUAGUAUUAAUAUUGAAUAACUGAGCUGCACUCGGUAAUGGGGUAGG